AUGUCAAAUAGCCCGACUCUUGACUCGAACGAUAAUAAAUCACCCUCCAAAUCUCUUCCGGAAAUAUGUCUUCAGUUCCAUAGAGGUUCCAACAAAUAUAACAACUCCACGUCCACUCUCUAUAAAUUGUUCCGGUCAUUUAUCACCUCUGUGUCCGGUACAGAGCUGUACAAGAGAAAUGAAAUCAGUCCAAUAUUACUCCAACACCACGACAUCAAUCCAAUAAUACUAGCAUUGUCAUUAAUUGCUCAUAAAAUAUUUUUCCUGGAGCUACUCCUGAAAUAUUUCCGCUUUCAUUUUGCCCUAGAUCCCGUCUGUAUCCGGUCUUUUAAAAGCUUCGACACGCGAGAAUAA